AUGUUGUCUCGAAUAUGGGGCGCUGUGAAGCGCCACCCGUAUCGUACAGCUGCUGCUGCUGUUGCUGCUGCAGCUGCAGCAGCAGCAGGUGCUGCUGCAGUAAAGAUAUAUAAGCAGCACAAACGUUUUGCUGCGCUGCUAGAAGCAGAGGAAGGAGAUUUAGCAACUUUGCUGCUGCAGCAGCUAGGUCUAAGUGAGGAGGAGCUGCAGCAGCUACGUCAGCAGCAGCAGCAGCAGCAGCAGCAGCAGCAGGAUGUGACGGAAGCAGAAUGGUUAGCUGCCUUUCAUUUUGUACGUAAUCAAUCUGUAUCGGAUAAUUCUUUGCUGCUGCUGCUGCAGCAGCUGCAGCAGCAGCUGCAGCAGCAGCUAGAAGCAGCAUUCCCUAUUGAUGCAUACACCCGAGUGCUGCGACAGCCGCAGCGCAGCAGCAGCAUGACGCCGCAGCAAAAGGAAGAAUGUUUUAGGUGUCUUGCUACUAAUGUAGUAGCAAGAACUGUUUGCUGCCUCGUGCUGCUGCUGCUGCUGCUGCUGCUGCACCGUGUACAAGUUAAUCUACUAGCAGCAGCACUUCUUAACAAGGAGCAGCAGCAGAAACAGCAGCAGCAGCAACAGCAUGGAGGGCAGGAGGAAGAACAGCAGCAACAACUGCAGCAGCAACAGCAACAGCAGCAGCAGCAGCAACUGCAGCACAAGCAGAACUUUGUAUUUCUUUCCUCUACCCGUCGUGCUGCUUCUGCUGCUGUUGCUGCUCGUGUUGCUGCUGCUGCACUUAUAGAGGUUGGUGUCUUUGUUAGGCAGCACCCGCCGCAUGCAUCCUUUACUGCUGAUUUGCUGCAGCAGCAGCUGCAGCAGCUAAUGUAUAGGAUGUGCAACAGGUUAUGCAGAGAAGCAGCACAGCAGCAGCAGCAGCAACUGCAGCAGCAGCAGCAACAGCAACUGCAGCAGCAGCAGCAACAGCAACUGCAGCAGCAGCAGCAGCAGCCAGAAGGGCCAGAAAUGUCGUCAGCAGCAACAGAAGCAGCAGACGAAGACUCAGCAACAACAGAAGCAGACACAACAGACACAGCAGCAGCAGACACAGCAGCAGCAGACACAGCAGCAGCAGACACAGCAGCAGCAGACACAGCAGCAGCAGCAGCAGGUAAUGGGUAUGAUGAUUAUUCGUCAGAUAUGUGGGGUUAUGCUGCAUUGCUGCUGCCAGAGGUGGGGUGUAUAGACAGCAGCAGCUUUGCUGCUCUUCCUGCUGCAGCAGCAGCAGAGGUGCAGCAGCUGCUGCAGGAAGCAAGAGAUGUCCUUGAUUCCCCUGCAUUUGCUGCUGCUGUUAGGGGACUUUGUGCUGCUGCUGCUGCUGCACUUGUUCGUCGUAUUGUUGAAUUCCUGCAGCAAGCAGGAACGCUUCCUGCUUCUGCUGCUGCUGCUGCAGCAGAAGGCGAAACAGCAGCAACAACAGCAGCAGCAACACCAGCAGCAGCAGCAGCAGCAGCAGCAGCAGCAGCAGACCCUUAUAAGACACCAUUUCAAUUAGCUCGCUCGUUGGGGUGUAUAUGCAGGUUAUCUGAUUGGGCAUUAGGUGUAGGGGGAGGAGGAGAGUUGCUGCUGCAGCAGCUUGCUGCUGCUGCAGAGACACAGGAGUUAUCUGCUGCAUGCUAUUGGUCGCAGGAAUGUGAUUUUAAUAGAGUGCAGCAGCUGCUGCACCUUGUUGCACUCGCGCAGCAGCAGCAGCAGCAGCAGCAGCAACUGCAGCAGUUCAUAGGUCUAGAUCCACAGGAAUUGCUGCAGCACUUCCCAGGAGAACCGCAGCAACAGCAACAGCAGCAGCAGCAGCAAACGGAGCAACAGCAACAGCAGGAGGAGCAGCAAACGGAGCAGCAGCAACAGCAGCAGGAGCAGCAAACUGAUCAGCAGCAGCAGCAGAUAGAUCCCGCUGCUGUUGCUGCUGCAGCACUUUCUGAGACACAAGUAGCAGCAGCAACAGCAGCAGCAGCAGCGGCAGACCCCGCUGUGCUCUGCAGCAGCGACGCCGUUGUUGGGCAGACAAUUUAG